AUGGCGGGAGCAGCGUCGGCGCUGUUCCUACUUGACAUAAAGGGUAGGGUUCUGGUGUGGCGAGACUACCGUGGAGACGUCUCAGCUGUUCAAGCCGAACGCUUUUUCACCAAGCUGAUUGAAAAAGAGGCUGAUCCAGAAACUCAAGAUCCUGUUGUUUAUGACAAUGGUGUCACUUAUAUGUUUAUACAGCACAACAAUGUGUAUCUCAUGACUGCAUCAAGGCAGAAUUGCAAUGCCGCUAGCCUUCUAUUGUUCCUACACCGCGUAGUUGAUGUCUUUAAACAUUAUUUUGAAGAGUUAGAAGAGGAAUCUCUGAGAGAUAAUUUUGUUAUAGUGUAUGAGUUACUUGAUGAAAUGAUGGACUUUGGCUACCCACAAUAUACUGAAGCAAAGAUUCUUAGUGAGUUCAUCAAGGCUGAUGCUUACAGAAUGGAAGUUUCACAGAGACCUCCAAUGGCUGUAACAAAUGCAGUGUCUUGGCGUAGUGAAGGGAUACAUUACAAGAAAAAUGAAGUGUUUCUAGACGUUGUGGAAAGUGUCAAUAUGCUAGUCAACAGCAAUGGACAAAUAAUUAGGUCGGAUGUUGUUGGGGCAUUAAAGAUGCGGACGUACUUGAGUGGUAUGCCUGAGUGUAAGCUUGGGCUAAAUGACAGAGUAUUGCUUGAGGCACAAGGUCGAACCACUAAGGGAAAAGCCAUUGAUUUGGAUGACAUCAAGUUUCAUCAGUGUGUGCGUUUAGCCCGAUUCGAGAAUGACAGGACAAUAUCCUUCAUACCUCCUGAUGGGUCAUUUGAUCUGAUGACCUAUAGGCUCAGCACUCAGGUAAAGCCGCUGAUAUGGGUUGAAGCUCAGGUGGAAAGACAUUCUAGGAGCCGCAUAGAAUUUAUGGUAAAAGCCAGGAGCCAGUUCAAGGAGCGUAGUACAGCAACCAAUGUUGAAAUUGAGUUGCCUGUGCCAUCAGAUUCUACCAAUCCAAAUAUCCGUACAUCGAUGGGGUCUGCUUCCUAUGCACCUGAAAAUGAUGCUUUAAUCUGGAAAGUAAAAUCUUUCCCAGGUGGAAAGGAAUACAUGUUGAGAGCAGAAUUUAGGCUUCCCAGUAUAACAUCUGAGGAAUCAGCUCCUGAGAGAAAAGCUCCCAUACGCGUGAAGUUUGAAAUACCGUACUUUACUGUUUCAGGAAUACAGGUCCGUUACUUGAAAAUUAUUGAGAAAAGUGGGUACCAGACUCUUCCAUGGGUGAGAUACAUUACAAUGGCUGGAGAAUACGAGCUGAGACUAAUAUGA